AUGAUAAUUACAAUAAGAUUAGUGAUUUUUCUAAUUAAUUAAAUUGAAUACUUUAAAUAGAAAGUGAUACUUGAGUUAAAUAGAUUUGAUGAAGCUUUAUAAUGUUGUGAUUAUUCAAUUAAAAAAUAUCCUUAGGAUCAUAGAGCUUUUUAGAUUAAAGGUAAAAUUGAUUAAAUUUUCAAAUAUAGCCAAUAUAUUACUUGAAUUAAAUAGAUUUGAUGAAGCUUUAGAAUAUUGCGAUUAUGCAAUAUAAAGAAAUCCUGAAGAUGCUAAUAUCUAUAAUGUGAAAGGCAAAAUUGAUUUAAUAUAAUUUAGCAAACUUAUUGAAGCAGUUAAAUCGCUUAGAUGAAGCUUUGUAAUAUUAUGACUACUCAAUUAACUAAAAUACAGAAAAUAAUGUUGCAUAUAGAUAAAAAGGUAAAGAAUAAUUGAUAAAAUAUAGCAAAUGUAUUAAAUUACUUAAAUCGAUUUGAAGAAGCUUUAUAAUAUGGUGACUAAGCUAUUUAAAUUAAUCCUGAAGAUGAAGCAGCCUUUUAUAACAAAGGUAAAAUUUAAUUGAUAACUUAAAUAGCAAAAACAUUGUAUGAGUUAAAUCGAUUUGAAGAAGCUUUACAAUAUUGCGAUUAUGCAAUAUAAAGAAAUCCUGAAGAUGCUCAGAUUUAUAAUUAAAAAGGUAAAAUUUAUUUAAUCUCACAAUUAAGCCGAUGCAUUACUUAAGUUAAAUCGAUUUGAUGAAGCUUUAUAAUAUUAUGAUUAUGCAAUUUAAAGAAAUCCGAAAAAUUGCUUAGCUCUUAUAAAUAAAGGUAAAGUUUAUUUGAUACACUAUAUAGCUUAUGCAUUGCUAUAGUUAAAUCGAAAUGAAGAAGCUUUAUAAUAUUGUGAUCAUGCUCUUAAAAAAAAUCCUAAGAAUUUCAUAGCUAUUUUUAACAAAGGUAAUAGUUUAUUUUAGUCAAUAGCAACUGCAUUGUCGAACUUAAAUAGAUUCGAAGAAGCUUUAUAAUAUUAUGAUUUAGCAAUUUAACAUAACCCUGACGAUUAUAAUACUGUUUUUAAAAUAGGUUGUAUUUGCUUGAUAUUAAAAUAUAGCUAAUACAUUAUAUAAAUUAAAUCGAUUUGAAGAAGCAUUAAUAUAUUAUGAUUUAGUAAUAAAAAAAAAUCCUAACAAUGCUGAUUCUUAUAAUAAUAAAGGUAAAAUUUUAGAGAAAAUAAAAUAUAGCAUGUAUAUUAUAAGAGUUAAAUCGAUUUGAAGAAGCAUUAUAAUAUUGUGAUUUAGCAAUUUUAAUAAAUCCUAAAAAUGCUAAUUUUUAUAAUAAUAAAGGUAAAUUUUACUAAAUAAUAAUAUAGCUAAUACAUUAUGUUAAUUAAAUCGAUUUGAAGAAGCAUUACAAUGUUAUAAUUAUUCAAAUAGCCUAAAUGUUUCAAGUAAAUGUAGCAAUUUCCAAAUAUAAAAUUUCAAUCUUUAGAAGUAAGUUUCAUAAUAUGAAUCCUUUAAACAUGAUUGA